AUGGACGCUUCGAAUCCAGACUCGUUAGUCAAAACCCGGUUUCUGGUCAUCUCGGACACCCACGGCGCAGGAUGCUUGCCGGGGAACAACAGACUCAUUGGCCCCGUCGACGUGGCCAUCCACUGUGGCGACCUCACAGAAGAGAGCAAACUGGCCGAGUUUCGCGCAACCCUCGAGCUCAUGAAGACGAUCCAAGCGCCACUGAAGCUCGUCAUCGCUGGGAACCAUGACUGGACGCUUGACACGCUCAUGUUCAAGAAGAAGAUCGCCGAGGUAGCACCCCCGGUCGAUAUGGAGUUGGUCCGGAGGGAAUACGGCGACUUUGGCGAGGCACAACGCAUCCUCCAGGCAUCCGCCAAGAACGAGGACGACGACGAGUCCGGUAUCGUCUUCAUGGACGAGGGCACCCGCACCUUCGCCCUCUCCAACGGCGCCUCGCUCACCCUUUUCGCGAGCCCCUACACGCCUUCGGCAGACGACUGGGGCUUCCAGUACGACGCACGCAGUGGCCACCAAUGGGACAUCGGGGGCGACGUGGACGUUGUCGUCACCCACGGCCCGCCGAAAGGCGUCAUGGACCGCACAGCCAUCGGAUCACGGAUCGGCUGCCCGGGCCUGUUCGCCGCCGUCGCGCGGGCCAAGCCGCGCCUACACUGCUUCGGACAUGUGCACCGCGGCUGGGGCGCCAAGCUCGCGCGCUGGCGCGGCGGCGAGGCUGUAGGCGGUCCGGCUUCGCACUUCGAGGCCUUCGACAACGACCGGUCGGUGGUCGUCGAGACACUGGCCGGCCUGACGCCGCGGGAUUUCGACGGACCCGACGCCGUCGCGGAGAAGAGGCGGAGGCUCGAGGCCCGCACGGCGGCGGGAUGCUUUGCGACUUCGCAUUGCGCCGGGGACGAACAUCCGUUGAGGAAGGACGAGGGGACGCUGUUCGUCAACGCCGCCGUCCAGGGAGACGGGAAACAGCCGCAGCACUUGCCGUGGGUCGUCGACAUUGAGCUUCCCAGGGCCGCCCGCGAUGCUGCCGCUUGA